AUGAUGCGCGCGUGCCGUGUACCCCGUAAGCUCGACCUGCUUGUGACUAGGGAAGCUUAUCGUCGCUUCAUGACGUGAUUGACCCUUCGACCGCGGCGUUCGUCGAUGACGAUUGCGCCCGCGCCCUCGCCGUCGCAGUGCCUGUCGGAGCUCACCGAGCCCUGAGCCUGAGGUCGUCGUCGGUGUCGUCGCGCUUCUCGACCAGCUCCAACGUCGCCACGACCUUGUUGCGACCUUCGCCGCGUCGAUUGUUGCCGACCAUCUCGACCUCGACCACACCACCCCCGUCCUCGCCGCUCAGUGCUCCGCCUCCCGUCACGCAGCAGCCCCUGCCCGCGAGCACCGUCGUCUCGCAACCGACGACCGUCGAGGUCGAGUCGUCCACGCCUCCGCCUCCUCCUCACCCCAAGAAGCCCAAGCACCGAAUCCGUAACUUUGCUCGGUUUGUGCUCGUCGCCGUCGUAGGAAGCGCGUCGUUCGUCGUCUGGCACUCGCACCGCGCGCGACACCCUUCGGACCAACUGCCUCACGACCCGAGCUUGCCGACCGUCGUCGUUGUCGGCAACGGGUGGGGAUCGACCGCCUUCCUGAAGAAUCUGAAGAACGAGGGCUACAAUGUCGUAAGUCUUUCGACUGGGUGCGAGAUGGCCAUCACCAGCCCCGACGCGUUGAGCAAAGCGCCUAUAUUCCGUCGUCUUUCGCAAGUACCCACCCUUGCCUCAGUCCAACGACAGAUCGCCUGCUGCCACGCCUGCUGCCAGCCCGUCGCUCACCCCCUUUGAUCUGCGUGACGGAGCGCACACAAGGCAGUACUAAACCCUUUGGUUCCUGCUCCGAACAGGUCGUCAUCUCGCCUCGCAAUUACUUUUUAUUCACCCCCUUGUUGCCGUCGGUUACGGUCGGCACUUUGGCCUCGCGCUCGAUUCUCGAACCGACUCGCUUCUUGACCCGUCAUCUCGCACGUGCGGUCGAGGUCUAUGAGGGUGAGGUCACCGAGGUCGACCCCAAGAAGAAGACGAUCCGAUUUGUUGGUCAGUCGGCAGAGCAAACGCGGCUCGCGUUGUGAUUGCAUUCCUGACUCCCCUGCCGGUACGCCUCAAUACAAUUCUAGAUAACUCGGAGGUCAAGGGAGCCGUCGACGGAACCGAGAUCUCGUACGACUACCUCGUCUACGCCGUCGGAGCCGAGAACAACACGUUCGGUAUCAAGGGCGUCAAGGAGAACGCGUGCUUCCUCAAGGAGAUCUGGGACGCCGAGAAGAUCCGCAGUCGCGUCAUGGACUGCAUCGAGUCGGCCAACUUUGCCGGUCAGACCGAGGAGGAGAUCGAUCGAUUGCUCUCGUUCGUGAGUCUGCGCCUUGCGAUGUUUCCCAGGUCUUGGGUUCGACUGUUGCUGGGUGGACGUGGCUGAGCUCGUGCGUCGUACAGGUCGUCGUCGGUGGUGGACCUACGGGUGUCGAGUAUGCUGGCGAGUUGCACGAUUUCCUCAAAGAGGAUCUUACAAACGUGAGUCGAUGGCCCUAAAAGCAGCAGACUCGAAUGGUAGAUAUUGAGCUCCGAUGGAUUAUCGCCUUCACAGUGGUACCCGGAUAUUGCCGGUCGCAUCAAGAUCACCCUGAUCGAGGCGUUGCCCAAUGUGUUGCCCAUGUUCUCCAAGCAGCUCAUGUACGCCGCAGAUCCUGAAUGCUCUCACGACGGUCGAGCUGACGUUCGAGCAACCCUGUUUGCCCUUACAGUGACUACACCAACUCGACAUUUAAGGAGAACAAGAUCGACAUUGCGACCAAGACGAUGGUCAAGGAGGUCAAGGAUACGGUCAUCAUUGCGCAGAACGAAAAGAAGGAGCUCGUCGAGUACCCUUACGGUCUCCUCGUCUGGUGAGUGUCAUUGAGCCAGGAUGUGCCUGAAUGCUCUACGGAGAGCUAACACCCUCGGGGCUCAUCUCGAUCAGGGCCACCGGCAACACGGCACGACCGGUUACACGGGAUCUGAUGGCCCGUCUUCCUGAGACCCAAAACUCUCGACGAGGUCUGCUCGUCGACGAACACCUGCGCUUACUCGGUGCCGAAGGCGUCUUUGCUCUCGGUGACUGCACCGCCACCAACUACGCCCCUACGGCCCAGGCCGCGUCGCAACAGGGUGUCUACCUCUCGCGCGUCUUCUCGCAAUUGACCAAGAAGCAACACCUCUUGUCCGAGUUGGAGCAGGCCAAAGCCGCCAACGCCGACCCGGCCCGUCUCGACUCGUUGGCCAACGCCGUGAUCCGAGCGAGCAACAUCCAACCUUUCCACUACUCGCACCAAGGCUCGUUGGCCUACAUCGGUUCGGACAAGGCGAUCGCGGACCUGCCGUUGAUGUCGGGCAACUUGGCCGUUGGCGGGAUCGCGACGUACUACUUUUGGCGAUCGGCUUACCUGUCGCAGUUGUUCUCGUUGAGGAAUCGACUGCUCGUCGCUGGAGAUUGGUUGACGACCCGGGUGUUGGGUCGUGAUGUUUCGAGGGAGUAG